AUGGCAGCUGAAGGCGUUCGGGAGGGAGGAGGAGGAGGAGAGCAAGGAGCGACGUCUGUGCACUAUGGGGACGAGAUCCUCCUACAGUUUGCUACGUCAUCGUCUCGGCUGCGAUGCUCCAUGUCCAUCGGGCACGAUGUGUUUGCUGAGGGAGGAAGGGCAGCGGAUUGGCCUGUUUGCUAUCCCGGGGUGCACGAGUGUGUGUUUCUCGUUUGCCCGAAGCAGCUCGCUCACGGGACGAAGGAGGAGGAAAAGGAGGAGAGAACUGCGCUCGAUCCCACACAGAUUGAAACGAGGAGGCGCCUGGCAGAUGUGAAGAACGAGUUAUGGUUCGGGUCAGCAGUGAGGUAUGGCGACCAAGUUCAGUUGUACAACAGCUGGUCUCAGGGCUUUCUAUCUGCAACCAAGGAGCCGACCAAGGAUGGAAAGGGGAUAUGCAUCCGGCUCCAGCAGGACCCGAGCACGGCGUCCUGCUUUGUGGUGUGCCCACAUGGCAAGAACAUGAGGCGAGGAGACGUCCUGGUGCACGAUAGCGUGCUCGUCUUCCAGAGUGUUACCAUCCCCAAGUACUUCAUCAAUGCUGGACAGCCUCACUCCAAGAUCCUCGACAGCCUCAGGCAUGGGGAGGAGGAGUACGAGCUGACCGAGCUGUUCGACGAGAUCGAGCAUGUGUUCCUGGGGCCGGAGCCGCAGGAAGCGAUGCGGGUGACAGUACUGCAGCUGUCUCAUACGAGGAAGGAGCGGAUGUCUCGGGCAUCCAUGGAGGACAAGAGCUUUCAGCCCAACUUCCUGUAUGCCUGGGAUGUGGUGGAGCUAGCUCGCAACCAAGACGACUUGACCCUUGUGAUCGAGCACACCCAAGAUGAGCCUCAAAAGUCUCCCGGAGGGACAGCGAGCUGGGCAGCAGGCAGGGGGGAGAUGAACGAUGCAGGCCGGGGCAUGUUCCAGGUCCUUCCUGUGCACUUGCUAGACUGCCGGCUCCACCUCACCAAUCACUCCGGCCCCGUCCUCCUUCGCGACGCCUGCAACGGCCUCUUCCUCCGCUGGGACCUCGACCGUGCCUGCGUCUCCGGGGCCCGCGAGGUCGUCAGGGAGGGCCACCUGGAUCCCAGCUGCCUGUUCCUGCUGCGGACAAUGAGCCGAUACACAGGGCAGGCGUUCGACAACAGUGAGCCCUUGGAUCUGCGCGAUCUCCUUUGCCUAUCUAGCUGGCCCGUGCCGGGCGGGGGGGCGACAGACCCUCCUCCUCUCCUCUUCCUCAGCAGCCGCGAGAGGUCCGAGGAGAGUCAGAGCAAGUCCCUUCUUACCGGAACAGUGGGCACGUCGCAGCUCCAAGACGCCUUGAAGGUGCGGGUGGUGGACGAGCGAUUCAGCCGUGACGUGAUGGACAUGGCGGGGAUCGUGCUUGCGGUGGAAGAGUCGUCAAAGAAGCUCCUCCAGGUCAGCCCGUACGACUUCGGGAGGAUCGGCACGCGGGGGAGCGACAGGCAGUCAACGGCGAGCUCGAUUCAACACCAUGCCGUGACGGAAGCAUUGUAUGACCUGCUCCCCUGGAACUCGCUGCUGGUGCAGGAGCUGCUGAACCGCUUGCGUGCCUCCCUGGGCUCGUUUGACUAUGCGCGCAUGCACGACAGGGAGGAGUACUGGAACGAGGUGGAGGGGGGAACAGCGUUUCGUGGAGGAGUAGGAGGAGGACGGGGGUCUCUUCGGAGGGGGGCAGCGAGCGGAGCUGGGGUCGUCCGCACUGUCCCUCCAGUGGCGUUUGUACGGUUGCAGAACGUGCUGAGGAGGAUGGGGUUCCUGGAGGUAUGCUUCGGCAUGCUACAGUCCAUCUUCACGCGGCUCAGGUUCCCAGUCGAGGUGAUGGAGAGCACGCACAUAGGGAAGACGCUGAUGGAGUACGGGAGGAGAAGCUAUGAGGUUGUGAUGAUGAUAAUGCGGGGUAACGAUGGGACUAGAAAGGCCAUGAUCCGUCAUGCCCAUACUGCCCUCAUGACCUGCAACUACGACAUCUUCGCGCUCGAGUGCCUGCUGGAGUUCUGCCGGGGGGGAGAGGAGGUGGUGGGCGAGCUGCGGGACGAUUUCUUCUCCUCCUGCGUCUCAAUGUUGAAACAGGAGAGGUCCCCAGGGAUCCUGAUGCUUCUAUCGGCCUCUUGCCUGUCAGGCAGCGGGCAGCCUAUCAGGAGGAACCAGGAGCGGGUGCUGCGGCUCGUGUUCCAGGCCGGGAGAGAGCUGACCUGUAGCUCGCGGCACGUCCUCCCGACUCUAGAGAGCGACCCGUUCACAGCCGACCUGAUAGUCCAGCUGGAGGGAGGAGGAGGAGAAAGGCAGAGCGUGUCCUGUCUGUCCAUGUUCUCCCAUCACGACGAUCUCCUACAUGACUACAAAGCUUCCCAGGACGAACAGGUCAAGUCCUUCCAGUACUACCUCUGCAUGCUUGAGCUCAUGGCUGCUGUCGUCUACGGCCGCCACAAACUCGCCGCAGACUUUUUCGAGCAGGAGCAAGAGCACUUCGCGUGCUCCUACAACGACCUGCUGUUCGUGGUCAAGCAUGAGGCCUUCCCCUGGAUCCUCCGUGCCCUCGCGUCCAACCUCCUCUGCUCCCUCUACGUAGACAAGCACCCUCACCACCCCGUCGACUCAGUCCAGCUGGUCCGGACCUGGACGAGGCUCCACGAGACUCUUGCCAACGAGGAGAAGUUCCGAGCGAGGAAGGAGGACGCGAUCGAUCACAACCUCCCGUCGAACCUGCGGGAGCUGCGGGAGCACGUGGUCACAACGAUGAAGAAGUGCUCCAACGUCCAGAUAGAGCUGAGCGGGAAGACUAUCUACACCCAGAGAUUGGCCGACCUCUGUCUGCGCAUGCUCACCGUCGGCUGCUUUCACAAAUACGAGGAGUCGGGGAGGAGGGAGGAGAUGGAGGAGGCGAAGCUCGUGCAGCUCGAGAGCAUCACACUUGACCUUCUGGACGGCAGGACAGACCAGCUGCCAUUCGAGCUACCAGCUGAGGUUAUGAGGAAGGAGGUAGUCGAGCAAGAGAGAAAGAAGAUGGAAGAGCAAGAGAAGAACAGGAGGGAUUGGCAGAGCAGCAGGCAGGAGCAAGCCACUCAGCAGCUCUUGGAGGCAGCGAGGCUGUUCCCCUCCUCUAACAACUUCCCCUGCUGGGACCUCAAGAUCGUCUGCUGCGAGAUCCUCUCCUUCCUCCUCGACUGCAGACUCCAGCUGCUCCUCAGCUCGGCCUUCAGGACCUGGGAGGAUCUCGUUCAAGCUCGCAUCGCUCCUGCUCUGUUCCAGCUGGGGCCUGACGCGCCUGUGCUGGGGGAGGGAGACUUCGAGUCGGUGGUCCCGCGCGCUCCUCCCGCUCCUCCUCCCUCCUCCAAGGCGUUGAAGGCCGUGUCGGGGAAGGAAGAAAUGAAUGUGCAGCUGAGGUACGCGCGGGACAUGCGAGCGUGGGAGGAGAGUCCUCUGUGGGGGGCUAGUGAAGUGGAGGAGGUGGCGGAACAGGUUUCAGCGAGCCUGCAUGGUCGCUACACGAGCAUCCUCCUCGACCUUCUCAGGUAUCAGGAUGGCAUCCUCGUCGACUGCUCGCUCCGCCUCCUCCUCAAGUUUGAGAGCAUGAGAGAGAGCUUCUCACGGGCUCUUGCCUCCACCUUCUUCAUCGUCGACCUCAAGCUCGCCAGGAGGUUCUUCGACGUCAGGAGCAGCAUCUUUCACUUCCGCAGAGCCGCUCCCUUCCUCUCCUCCGACGUUCCCCUCCUCCGCCUCGACGCCACCACUACCUGCAAGCGCAUCCUCGAGGACUGGACCGUCAUGCUCUCUGUCCAUCGUCAUGGUGGGCCCCAGCUGGAGGAGGAAGUCCGCCUCCUCCAGCUCCUCUUCUUCAAGACCGACACCCAUCGGCUUCUCCUCCUCCUCCUCUCCCUCCCCUUCCGCCGCAUCCGCUCCAACGAUCCGCUCGAGCUGGACACCUGCUCUGACCCAGACCUUCGAGAGCUCCUCCGGCGCUCGCAUCUCUUCCUGCAGGGGCUCUGCUGGGGUUUCCCUCUAGCCCAGGAGUUCUUCGCUGACCACCUCCAUCUCGUCCUCAGCCACAUCGGCCUCGCUGGGAUCGACGCACCUUCCUCGCUCGCUGCUAUCUGUGGGGAGCAUGCGGAAGUAGUGGAGAGGGAGGGGGAGCGUGUGCUAGGGGCCGUGCUGGGGCUGCUGCAGAGGUUCGGGUACAGGAAGGCAUCCUGGUUGGAGGCAGCUCGGCACCUGCUGGUCGUAGCUGGGGAGCCGGUCAGGAGGAUGCAGGACCGGGUACUGGACACGCUGCUAAGGAUGCAGCACGUGGCGCCUCUGCUGGGGUCGAGCGACGUGGAGUGGGAGGAGAGGAUCGACCUGAUGGUGGCGGCGAGGGAGGAGGGCGAGCUGGGAAGCGGCGACGGGGGCGGCGGUAAACUUGCCGCGCACAUCUCCCUGGUCCAGCUGCUGGCGGACUGCGCGCUUGACAACCAGAUCAACCAGCUCCGCGUCUCCUCCUUCGUGCCCUGCGACUACAUCAUGGACACUCUGCUGAGGGGGAGCUGGAGAAAUGGCAGGGUCGACCCGCGGGUCCCCCUUACAGUAUCCAGGAAGCUCCGAGCUGCCUUCCUCCGCCUGCUCACCGUCCUCCACCUGCGAACCCAGCAGGCGAAGCUGGUGGCGGAGCUGGAGAAGCAGCAGCACAAGCUCUGGAGCUUCGUCCCCUCCCGCAGCACCCGGCAGAUCCCCCAGCUAGAGAGGAGGGAGGAGGAGGGAGAGGACGGGGAUGGGGAGGAGGCAGCUGGGCUGAUCGGGCUGCUUGCUCGAGACGUCUCAGAGUUCUGCACUGUGCUAGAGCACAGCAGGGAGGACCAUGAGCUAGAAGGGAAGAAGACGUUCAGGGAGCUGAAAGAGUACAUGGUUGACAACGUGUUUGUGUUCCUUCAGAUGCUGCUCUCCAGCAGUAGCUACCAUGCAGACCUGGAUACUGAAGACGUCGAGACUGCGACUGAAAGAUGGGAAGGUUGGAUGAUGAUGAUGAUGAUGAUGAUGAUGAUGAUGAUGAUGAUGAUGAUGAUGAUGAUGAUGAUGAUGAUGAUGAUGACGAUGAUGAUGACGACGACGACGAUGACGAUGACGAUGAUGAUGGUGGUGGUGGUGGUGGUGGUGGUGGUGGUGGUGGUGGUGGUGGUGAUGAUGAUGAUGAUGAUGAUGAUGAUGAUGAUGAUGAUGAUGAUGAUGAUUAUAGCGUCGAUGAGGAAGAGCGAUCCAUCAUAUCAAUCUACCUUGCAGGUUGUCUGGAAGUUGUUUCAUCGCCUGGAGGAGCUCACUCCCAACAACGUGGCGCAAAGGAAGAUGAUGAGUUUCUUCAAAGAUAUCGACGAGGCAAACGAGGAGGAAGACGAGACUGUCGACUUGAACAGGCUGCUGCAGACCGGAUUCUCUUUCUUCCAUGCACAACUGUCAAGAUCCCUCCAAGUUGAGAUCGACUCGGCAAGACCGUCCAACAGCGGAGCUUGCAAUGUUGCAAUGAUGCUGUCAAGGAGCAAGGAGAUCAGCUUGUACAAAGAUCGCAUGUACGUACAGGAGGGAGCAGCUGCUGUCAUAGCGAGCACCGUCAACUCCCUCGACCUCGUCAAGAAACUCGCCGAGCAUGCAAUCUUCAUGCUCGUCCACGGAAGCGAUGAAUGUCAGACGUCCUUGACGACGUCGAGGAGUCUGGCAGAGCUGGCAGGUGCUCUUUGCUUCAUGCCGUAUGCGGAGCAAGUGCGAGGGUUCGACAGGAGGAGGAGGGAGCACGUGGAGACAGUCUGGAGCAGCAUGCUCAGCAUGGAAGUCCUCCCUAAGACCUCCCCGUCCCACGAGACUCUAGAGGAGGUGCAGGAGAAGUUUGUCGCCUGCGGGUUUGCCGUCCUUGCAGUCAGGCUGGUCUCUUGUCUGGCCGAGGAAGCGAACAGGGUGGGGAUGAUGAUGAUGUUCGCGAUCACCACGCGCAACGGGAGGAGCAGGGCGCGUGUGCUGAGAGCGAUGGAGGGAGAGGGAGGAGAAGCGGCUGCUGGUGUUGCCAUGUCGUUCUUGAGGAUCCUCGACCGCGCCAUCGCCAUGCUGGAGGACUACGAGGAUGCUUGCCAACGCCUCUCUUCCUCUCCUCCUCCUCCUGCGGAUCGUCCGGAGAGAGGCUCCAUCGGCGACUCGAGGAGGAAGAUGCUGGGGCAGGGCGGUCGGAGCAUGUUGGCGAGGGACAGGAUCGACGCCGCGCUGGGGAAACAAAGUUGUCUCCUCCUCCUCCUCCGUCUCGCUGGCAGCUUAUGUGAAGGCGGAGAGGAAGGAAUCAUCGGGGUGUUCACGAGGAGGGAGGGGAAGAGCUCUGUGCUCGAAAAGAUAAUCGAUCUCCUCCUGACCCUCCUGGGGUACGUUGGGGCCUCGCACAGGGCUGAUGAGGGGUACCUCUUCCUCUGCCUCCAUCACGCCUCCCGGGCCAUCUGCAACAUGCUGCUGAGCUUGUCCCUGGGAGCUCGCGGGUGUCUGCUGCGGAAGAAUGCGCUGCCAAUGCUGAUGGAGCACGUCGUCUUACUAUCCCUCCUCUGCAGGGAGGAGGAGGGAGGAAGGAGGAGGAGGGAGAGGCUGCUGGGAGCUCGGGACGACGUGUACAGGAUCGUUGCAUGCGCGCUGGAGAUGCGGGGGAUGGUGGGGAGGGGAAGGGAGGAAGCAGAUUGGCAGCAGGAGUUUGAUCACAUGCUAGCUGUGUCUGUGGAACACGUUGCUGGAUAUUUCUCUGCGAGCUGGAGAAUGUGGGAGGAAGCGAGGGAGCGAGCAGGAGCAGGAGCAGGAGUUCUCGACGAGCAUAGUCAGGAUCUUGUUCGGGCGCACGUUGCUAUGGAGGAUGUUGUUGACCAUCUCAACAUGAGGAGAGAAAAGGAUCAUGUUGAUGUAUCGACCAGAAAUAUCAGAUCGAUUGCAGUUCGGCAAGGCAACAUGAUUCGAGUUGUGCGUUUCUACACUGAUCAACAGAUCGAAGAGUACAUUGAAAUGAACAAGAGCAACAUCGUCAACAACUUUGUUGAGAACAGACUGAUGGGAGAAGGAGCGAGGACAAGGAUGUUCCAAGAGAUGUAA